CCAUCUUAAUUCUUCCACACGCGAUUCAUCAACCACCAACGCGUCUACAACACCAUGGAUGCCACCAACAUUAGAGUCGACUCCACCCUCCUCGAAUCCCAUCAGGGCAAGAUUGUGCGUGUCAUCGGCAAGUGUGACUCCUACGAUGCCUCUUCAGACACCGCCACCUUGAUCAGUACUGGAGCAGUGCACUUGAACUUGCAAUCUGGCGAGGCCUUGGAGGUCAACAAGAACUAUGAAGUCAUAGGCAAGGUCAGUGCCACGUCCACCAACGUGUCAGUUUACACUGUGACUCCGUUGUCUGACAACUUGAACUUGGAAAACGCCCAGAAGUUGGUGCACUACACCCACAAGGUGCCUGAGUUGUACUACGACAACUAGAGAGCCACGACGAGAAUGGACCCUAGACUGUGGUCGAAUAACACGGCAUGAAGCACCUGAAUCGUCGUUUUUGGUGUGCUGACUGUACAACGGCAGCUGGCCAAUGCAGAUUUUGUUUGGAACAAGCAACUGGCCAGUCCUGAUGUAAGGGCUUCUGCCGUGGAUUUCAUGUAAAGAGUAUCUCUCUCUUUACUAUGAGUAUUAUGUAUUAUUUUGGAACUGCCAUGAUAAAUAUUGGAUAUAUUUAGCUACAAUAAACUACUUCUGGAACCGAUUGUU